AUGAACCAAACCGCCACUGUAUCGCAUCAAGUUAAAUGCCAGUCCACGAAGGCCAUCAAGGACCUUGGUGGGGUGAGUCCUCCUCAGAGGAACUGGAAGGGGAUUGCUAUUGCUCUGCUGGUCAUCCUGGUGGUCUGCUCUCUCAUCACCAUGUCUGUCAUCCUCCUCACACCAGCUGACAACCAAGCUGGAAGUGACACCAAACUGACUGUGGAGGAUUUGUUCAAACCUGAGUUCAAGGUCCAUGACCCGGACGCCAAAUGGAUAAAUGACUCUGAAGUCAUCUAUAGAAACAGUGAUGGCCACGUCAUCAAGUUCAACAUCCUCACAAACGAAACUGAGAUUGUCCUGACAAACACUACAUUUGUAAAUUUCAAUGUGGCCAAGUAUUCUGUCUCCCCUGACCUGAAAUAUGUUCUCUUCGCUUAUGAUGUGAAACAGGUUUACCAUCACUCCUACAUGGCCUCCUACAGCAUCUACAAUAUUCAUACACGGGAGGUUUGGGAGCUGGACCCUCCUGAGGUUGUGAACUCUGUCCUGCAGUACGCUGCUUGGGGAGUGCAAGGCCAGCAACUGAUCUACAUAUUUGAAAAUAACAUCUACUACCAAUCUGAUGUCAAGAGUAACUCCCUUAGGCUAACAUCCUCGGGGAAGGAAGGGGUCAUCUUCAACGGAAUUGCUGACUGGCUCUAUGAAGAGGAAAUCCUUCAGACGCAUGUGGCACACUGGUGGUCACCUGAUGGAGAGAGGCUGGCCUUCUUGGUUCUUAAUGACAGCCUAGUGCCCAACAUGGCUUUACCUCGCUUCACCGGCAUGGCAUACCCUAAAGGAAAGCAGUACCCAUACCCCAAGGCUGGACAACCCAACCCGGUGGCUAAGCUCUAUGUAGUCAAUCUCUACGGGCCGACGCACACGCUGGAGCUCAUGCCCCCAGAGACGCUCAAACUACGAGAACAUUAUGUGACCAUGGUGAAGUGGAUCAGCAAGACCAAGACAUCUGUAAGGUGGUUGAACCGGGCCCAGAACAUCUCCAUCCUAACUGUGUGUGACACUACCACUGGAGCCUGCGUCACGAAACAUGAAGAAAGCUCUGAGCUCUGGCUUUCCAAGCAGGACCAAGAACCGGUGUUCUCCAAAGAUGGCAGCAGGUUCUUCCUGACCGUUCCGGUCAAACAAGGAGGACGUGGAGAGUUUCAUCACAUCGCCAUGUUCACCACACAGUUCAGAGCAGAUCAAAAUGAAGUCCGACAUCUAACAUCAGGAAACUGGGAGGUGACCAAGAUCAUUGCCUAUGAUGAGAACACUGACAACCUUUAUUUUCUCAGCACAGAGGGUUCACCACGAAGACGUCAACUCUUCAGUGUUAAAACUGUGGGUCUGUUUCCGCGACGGUGUUUAACAUGCGAGUUAAAUAAAGCUUACUGUCUGUACUUCGAUGCUCACAUCAGCCCCACAAACCAGCACAUCAUCCUCCACUGUAAAGGUCCUGGAGCACCUACUGUGAUAUUACACAGCCUCAAUAAUUCAAAUUACUACAUUCUUGAGAACAACUCUUUGCUGAAGGCAGCCUUGAAGUACAAAAGGAUCCAACUCACUGACUUCAGAACUGUUCCAAUGGAACAUUUUGAUUUACCUUUGAAGAUAUCCUACCCACCAGACUUCUCUGAUUCCCGUCAUUAUGGACUACUGUUGCUGGUUGACAGUGCUCCCGGUGGUCAGGCAGUGAGUGACCGCUUCUCUCUCAGCUGGGACUCUGUCCUGGUCAGUUCUGACAACAUCAUCGUGGCUCGUCUGGACAGCCGUGGCAGCGGCUUCCAGGGUCAGAGGAUCCUGCACGAGGUUCACCAGAGACUGGGAACUGUAGAUGUCCAGGACCAGAUCGCGGCAGUAGAAUAUAUAAUGAAAUUUCCAUAUAUUGAUCGGACACGGAUAGCAGUGUUUGGAAAGGGUUACGGAGCCUACAUAACAUUAAUGAUGCUUAAGUCUACUGACAGCCUCUUCAAAUGUGCAUGUGCAAUGUCACCAGUGACAGACUGGAAACUCUACGCAUCAGCUUUCUCUGAGAGAUACCUUGGCAUGCCAUUACGGGAUGACAGCCGAUAUCAGUUUUCCAGUGUGCUGCAGAAUGUUCAAGCACUUAGGGAGCAGACACUGAUGCUGGUGCAUGGCACAGCAGAUGCCAACAUCCACUUCCAACAUACUGCUGAGCUUGUCAAAAACCUUGUGAAAGUUGGAGCAAACUACUCAAUGCAGAUCUACCCAGAUGAGGGCCAUUUCCUGUCUCAGCAAAGUCGCCAGCACCUCUAUGCCACACUGACCAGCUUCUACAGGGAGUGUCUCAAGGAGGAGUUGCUACCACUGCCCGAUGAGGAAGAGGAGGAGGAAGAGUAG